GCAUGCUUCCGUGCAAGUAACCAUAGCUCUAUAGCAACAUUCCAAAUAUUGAUAUCAACGAAAGGCUCGCAGUUCAGCACGCAAACGUUUUUCCUCAGCCAAAAUGGAUGGUCGCAAGAAUGGAACCUCCAUGCGACAUACUUCGAAGCCCACCACGUCUAGUAGGAAAACAGUCCUCCAGGGCACCAAGAACUUCGUCUGGGAUCGGGAGGAAGUGUCUUCCAAUCUGCCCUAUUAUGACCGCAACUAUGAGAUCCCCUUCAAUAGGGCCCCGAAUGAGAUCAAUUUUCUGGGUGGUUUGGGCAGCAAGAAACCCCACUACCGAUCCAAGGUUCAUCCGCAGCGAUUUUCUGCGGUCCAGCAGAUGCUGAGGAUGAGAACUUCCAACAGGAUGUUGGAAACGCUAACGGAGGACCUUAGGAAGGUGAAUUUGUGUCGCCACACCAAUGUUCGGGCUAAGCAAGAUAGGAAUGUGGGUGAGUACAUAAAACGGGUGACGGAUGAGUUACAGCUGGCGGGUAAUGUGGAACGAUCUUCCCCCUCGGAUCAGUCGGAGAUACAAUUCCAAGCUAGCAAUAAGAAAUCCUUGUCGAAUGACGAUUACAAAGAGAUGAUUCAGAAGUUGGACCGGAUACUGCUGGAAGAUCAAUGUCCGAGUGCUAGCCAGGGAGCUACCUUCCGUGAUUGGGCCACUAGGGAGCGGUAUAAUUUCAAAAAUCGUAAUAACAUCGCCAUGGUAAAGAGAGAGAAGGAAACACUGGAAUCGGAACUUUGUUCGUCGGUGGAUACCAAGUCGUACGAUUACAUCAGCAAUGAUGGGAGGCGAGUGACAAAGCUACGGAAGGCAACAAAAAUUCCCCACCUCGAAGGUUACAUGUAUGGUCCCUUUACGAAACUUCCCCGGUUGGAUCCACUUUUGAAGAAUGAAACAAAAUUCGGCAUUCCUCUCAGCCUAUUGGUUCGAUCGUAUCGCGAAAUGGAUUUGAAAAAGGAAGGCGAACGAAGCGUGAUUAACACGAGACUAUCGCACAUGCGAAUCCCUCUUUGUCCCAGAAGUAGUGACGAAUCGUCGGAUGACGAUGAUAAAAUGGAAGAGGUGAAAAUGUUAUCAUUCAUACGAACACCCUACUUUCGUAUUCCGACGAUUCGAACCCAAAAGAAACGUCGUAAGGAUCGGCUACGCAGUCGUUGGUUGAAAAAGGAUCGUCUGAAGAGAAUCACUAUGCUGUUGUACGAUCGAUCUGAAGAGAAUAUGAAAUGCAAGAAACGUAGCGGUCGUCAGAGGACUGAUUCCGGCUCGGAUUCGGGUGCUUCUUCGGCUACAAAACGACAGUCGAAACAAACUAAAACAGACGAAAUGCCUCAGUGCUCGGAGAACCGAAUGCGUUACUACGAAUUUAUAGAGGAAAAAGCCCGCGAAUAUAGAAAGUUGUACGAUGAAUGUCUGCAAGACAAACUGACGACCUUCCAGGAGUUCAAAAACAAAGAAACAACUUCGGAUGAUAAAUUAUCGGAUACUUCAAGAUCCAAGUCGAGACUAGGCAAACUCAAAACACCCGAGGAACAAGAAGAACCGGUGGACAUGGCGGAGAUUCGUUUCCCCUCCAACCGAUUCAAAAGUUUGUCCAAAAGCGAUGGUCUCAUGGGAUCGUUUUAUAUCGAUCCUGAGUUUUACGAAAAGUCGAAGGAUUUAAAAAGGUACAAGAAGCGAUCCAAAUACUACACUAGCCUGAUGCGAGGUCGGCCCAGCAUACGGCAGCGUUUGCAGGUCAACGCGCCGGACUUCGACGAGGAGCAGCUUGGCUUCAAAACGAAGUACUUCAACCGUCUGGCAACCGAGUGGGACAACUACUACAUCCACGAGCUCCGCUAUCGUCCACGAGUGCGCAAGUUCUGCCCCAAAACCGAUGUGCUCAACAUGCGCGAUCAGCGGCGCAAAACGUUCCUCCAGUAUUACAUCGCCGAGAAUUUGCUCAAAGUUCGCGAGAAACAUUUGCUGGAGAGAAAAUUCGCCCAAUGGAUCAAAAAUUUCUGCAAGGAAACUAAACCACUGUUCAAGGUAUGGAAGGAUAAAGCCUAUGACAAGGUGUUGGAGAUGUCAGAUCAGGCGAAGCAAGCCCAACAGGAUACGUUGAGAUUGAAGAAUAUGCUGCAGGACCGACAAAAUAAGGUAGAGGCACUCACGGAGAAGAUCCUGCUGCUAGAGGAACGAUGGACCAAAAUUAUGCAAAUCAGGAACUACUACUAUCUCUUGAUGGACCCGCAGUGGAGACUGCAGAACGAUAACCUUCAUAGAGCUCUCGACGGAUCUCUAAAUUCCGUCUCGGAGUGCGUUCAAAACUGCAAAUCACUUUUCAUUCGUACGGAAGGAAAUAACAUCGGUACGGAGAUUGCUGCCUUCUACACGGAGAAAAUCUUCCCGGAACUUGAGAAGCAAACCAACUGCACCCCGGAAGUGGGUCUACUUCUCGGGGGAUUGGGACGGAUCAAUCAUCGAACGAUUGAUUUGAUUCAAAAGUACAACAACAAACUGAUGCUGUUCAGCCGAAUCGAUUACCACUACAAGGGGGUUCUGGAGGAGUUUCCGAGGUACUUUGCUAACCAUCUCGAUAUGCUGGAGCUGUAUAACAAUAAAAUAGAGAUGAUUCAGAGGAAGAAUGACGCGAUGAAGCAACAGGUGCUAAGGAUGUUGGGAGAGCCGUUGAAAAAGUGUGUCAGCAGCAAAUCAAUGAGGGUUACAUCUUCUAUCAUCAGCCAGUUGUACGAGUACAUACGGAAAUCAAAAAAACAUGGCAAGGAGAUAGUUGAAAUCAGCAGCAUGGAGAAACUAUCGAUUAUACACCAAUAUAUUAUAGACUUACUGGGGGCAUUGGACAAGAUCCCGCUGGACAUCCUCAAGGUUUCGGAGCAUGAAGCCAGAAAGAAUCGUAAGAAAGCCUUACGGCAAGCGAACGAGGCUUUGAAGCGGAAAGAAGUGUUCGAUUUGUUGAGAAAGCAGCUGAAACUGCACGUGAAAAAAUAAUGCCUUAUACUCAAUAGUUUACACAUGAUUUACAAUACUUGCAUGCGGCAUAAAUAAGUCACAUUCAGAACAAUUCUUCAUAGGAGUUUAUAAAUUCCUACAAUUCAACAUUUUCCAAUGUUCUACAUUGUGUCCCACAGCAAACUGCAUCACCGAAAAAAACGUUGUAGAAAAUUAUCUAGUUGACCGAUCCUUUUCAAACUUUCAGACAAUAAAAUA